AUGCAUUUCUCAGUAUUCGUCACCUUCUUCAUCACGACAACGUUAGCUAUCCAAGCUAAUGCAUACAGUUAUGCUGAUUUGCAAGAGCUUAUUGAGAAAACUAACUCAGCUGCAUCUGUAACAGCUUCGAGUACCGUCGAUUCAGUUGAUACUGCAACAUCACAGACUACAUCUACUGAAGUACCUCCAACACUUAUUUCCAUCGAAUCUACCAGUGUUGUUUCUCCUUCAUCGGAAACUCCAGAAACUGGAGAAACCGCUACUACUGAAGAGCCAACAACAACUGAAGCAGACUUGAUUACAAUUACUGCUGAUAAGGAAGAGACGACCACGGAAGAAGUUGUCAGUACCACAGAAGCCGAAGAAGAAACUACAACCACCGAGAAAGCCGGCAUUGAAGAAGAAGUAGAGGAAAAUGUCACUACGCAAGAGACGAAAGAAAACACCGAGACAACAACAGUUUCAACGACUGAAGAGCCACAAACAACGACCGAAGUCAUAUCUGAAGAGGAAACAACUACAGCAGUUGAAACCACUCCAGAAACUGAGGAAAAACUUAUUGAACAGACUGACAAGCCUGAAGUUAUAAUCGAGGAGACCGAAGCUCCAGAAGUAGAAGAAGUUCCGUCAACAACUAUCAAGACAAUAGAACUGAUCGAAAAGAAAGUUCCAACCGACAUGAUCUAUCCUUCUCCAACUGAUUCUGAAUUCUCAAGCUUUUUUGGCAUCAAACGUCCCGACCUCGCGACCAUCUAUAGAAGACUAUUCCCAUUCAAACAUGCUACGAACUAG